CAAAAUGGCUAUCCUUACCGCACAAUCGACAAGCACGGCCGCAGCGUCAACGCUCACCCAACCGGCCGGAACAUCCGGUUGGGGUAAGUUCACGUUGCUGCUGUGGAAAAACUUCCUACUACACUGGCGGAGCAAAGUUUCCAGCCUGGUCGAGAUCUUCAUUCCACCUCUGUUCAUGCUGCUAAUGGUGGGACUGCGCAGUUUAACUGAAAUCGAACAUGUCCCGCACGUUUCCGUGUAUCAGCCGCUGGAUAUCACCAACUUUAGCGCUAUCAGGAGAAAUCUAGUUGUGCCGUUCCAAGAUACUAUCGCUUACUCACCUAACGGCCCUGCACUGCGCACUCUAAUGGGACCUGUCGGUGAGUGGAUGAAUAUGGAGGUACAUGGACUAGCGAAUGCAUCCCAACUGCAAGACUUCCUGCUCGGCACCAAUGCCUUUGCCGGAGUCGAGUUCGACAUACGGCUCAAUGCAUCCAGCAUUCUACCCCAGCGUCUGAACUAUCGGUUGCGUUUCCCCGGCGAACAGCGAGCCCAAUUCACCGUCGGCCAUAGCUGGCAGACAGAUCGUCGCUGGGGAUCGCGUCCCGAUGGUGGGGCCCGAUUUGCGGAGGACAGCGAUGGUGGACCGUCGCCCGGUUACUUCCGGGAAGGAUUUCUCACACUACAACACUAUAUCUUUAAAGCGUUUCUAGAGCAGGUGAAAACCAUCCCGGACCCAGUGCCGGAUGUGUAUCUGCAGCGUUUCCCAUAUCCACCGUUUCGGGAGGAUAGUUUCCCAUCCAGCCUGACCACGUUCCUGCCGAUUUCGGUAAUGUUGGCAUUUAUCUACCCUUGCAUAAGCAUCGUGAAAAACAUUCUGUUCGAGAAGGAAAAACAAAUCAAGGAAGCGAUGAAGAUUAUGGGCCUCCAGAACUGGGUACUGUGGAGUUCCUGGUUUGUGAAGUGUUUUGUGUUUACACAGAUAUCGGUCAUUCUGGUGGUACUGUUCCUGAAGGUGCCCUGGUACUCGACACCGAACGUAUCAGUGUUGACGUACUCCGAUUGGGGUUGCAUCUGGUUGAUCUUCUUCGUGUAUGGGAUUGCGAUCAUCACGUUUUCCUUCAUGCUGAGCACACUGUUUUCGAAGGCAAAUUCUGGUGGUGCUGUGGCAGCCAUUAUAUGGUUUCUAGCGUUCGCACCGUACAUUAUUAUGGUGCAGGAUUAUCGAAACUUGACCGUAUCCCAGAAGCUUGGUUCGUCGCUGUUACUCAACUCGGCUAUUGGGUUUGCAAUGAGACUUGUUGGAGUUUAUGAGGGUACUACGCAAGGUGUGCAGUGGUCGACCCUGUUCCAUGACAGCGAUGUGGACGAUAUCAACAUUGGCCAGAUGCUGCUGAUGUUGCUCGGCGAUGCGGCCAUCUAUAUGCUAAUUGCGCUAUACAUCGAGCAGGUAUUUCCCGGUGACUUUGGUCUGGCUCAACCGUGGUACUUCUUCGUUACGAAGCGAUUCUGGUGUGGUGAACGUGUCUCCUCUAAUGAACCAGCAGUUCGCACUGAACCCAGCAAAACGGACGAUAUUAUCGAAGCAGAACCGAAGGGUCGCAUCCCGCGCAUUCAGAUUCAAGAACUUCGGAAGGUAUAUUCGAACAAAAAGAUUGCCGUCGAAGGGCUUACGUUCAACAUGUUUGAAGGGCAAAUUACGGCUUUGCUAGGCCAUAAUGGUGCCGGUAAGACUACCACCAUGUCGAUGCUGACCGGUAUGAAGCGUCCCAGCUCGGGUACCGCUAUUAUCUGGGGUCACGAUAUAAGAACGGAGAUGAAAUCGGUCCGCAUGUCGCUGGGAUACUGUCCCCAGCAUAAUAUCCUUUUCGAUGGGUUAACGGUGCGUGAACAUCUUUACUUCUACGGACGUCUAAAAGGACUCUCAAAGCUGCAAGCCCAAUAUGAGAUCGAUAAGUACAUCAAGGCACUCGAACUACUCGACAAGGCGGACGUACGCUCAUCCAGCCUGUCCGGCGGUAUGAAGCGUAAGCUUUGCGUCGGUAUUGCAUUAUGUGCCGGAUCGCGUGUAGUGCUCUGCGAUGAGCCCACAUCCGGAAUGGAUCCGGCAGCAAGACGUGCACUGUGGGAUUUACUGAUCGCCGAAAAAACGCGCCGCACGAUGAUCCUAUCGACGCACUUCAUGGAUGAAGCGGACAUGCUUGGUGAUCGUAUUGCGAUAAUGGCGGACGGUAAGCUGAAAGCGGUUGGAUCAUCGUUUUUCCUGAAGAAAAAGUAUGGCGUUGGAUAUCGGUUGAUCUGUGUGAAGAGAUCCGAGUGCGAUGUGGAACAGGUAACAGAUUUGCUGCGAAAACACAUCCCCUACAUACAGGUGGAGUCGAAUGUUGGCUCGGAGCUGUCCUAUUUGCUGCAGGAGGAACAUUCGCGUGGAUUCCAAACGUUGCUGGAAGAUUUGGAAAAGCAUGGCGAAGAGCUGAAGAUUUGUGACUUUGGCAUUUCACUUACUACGCUCGAGGAGGUGUUCAUGAAGGUGGGUUCCGACUCGACCGGAGUGUCACAGAUCGGGGAGGAAGCAAGUGUGCACAGUUUGCACUCAUACAGUACCGGGACGGAUAUGGAAUCACGCACCACGAUCGACGAUUACGAGCUGUUGGAAGGAUCGCGGCUGUUUUUAUAUCAGAUAUGGGCACUGUUUCUGAAGAAGAUCUACCAGACCUACCGGAACUGGUUCUUAUUGGUGGUGCAAGUGUUGAUUCCGGUACUGUUCGUAGCGGUAACGAUCGCCGUUGUGCGGAACUGGGGAGGAUCCGGUAAUAUGCCACCUCGGGCGAUAGGAUUACGCUUCUACAACCCGUCCGUAACGCUUAUACAGAUGGAACCGGAACAUCAGAUUGGUUCGCUUCAGGAAAGAAUCCUGGACAACUAUAUGCGACUCUUCAUCAGUAUGCCAAGCUUACCGUUACGCCGUGAAGAGUGGAUGGAGGACAUAUUUUUGCAAUUUGCCAACACGAACCUGAUGCUCGUAAAUCGUCAGUUUAUUGUUGGUGCUGGCAUCUUGAACGAUAACUUGACCGCUUGGUUCAAUAACGAAGCGCUGCAUUCGCCUCCGGCCGCAUUACAGAUGAUGCACAAUGCACUGCUCAAGACGUUUACCGCAUCGUCGGGAUACAAUAUUUCGCUUACGAAUUCACCUCUGCCAUACACAGACGAGACGAGGCUUCAACUCAUGCGCACCUUCAACAAUCUAGGCUUCCAGUUGGCUUACUACACCGGCUUUGCAAUGUCUUUCGUGGUUGGUUUCUACGUCAUCUUCUACAUCCGCGAACGUGUCACAAAAGCGAAACUGCUGCAACUCGUGAGCGGUGUCAACCGUUUGACCUACUGGUUUACCGGCUUCAUCUGGGACUAUCUAACAUACGCGUUCGUGUGUAUCUUCAUCAUCAUAACCGUAGCCAUCUUCCAGGAGCCUGGAUUUAGCACCGGUGGUGAAGUGUUUCGUCUCUACUCUGUCUUCCUAUUCGUUGGAGUACCAGCACUACCACUGACAUACAUCGUGACGCUUUACUACAACGUCGCACCGGCAGCAUUUAUCCGUAUCAGUGUGGCGUACAUCGUCACCGGCACGGCACUGUUCAUCUUUGUCUAUCUGCUCGGUACGGACAUGUUCGAGCUGGAGGAACUGUCUGAGGUACUAUCGAACGUGUUCCUAAUCUUCCCACACUUUGCCCUGUGUGAUGCGAUCGUCAAUCUGAGUCACAUGUCCGUUACGAUCGAUACGUGUGAUGCAGUACGGCCGCCAGGUGUUACUCCACUACCGAUCUGUGAGGAGGGUCUACACUACUACCAGUGGGAACGUCCCGGCAUUGGACGCCAUCUGUUCUACUGUCUCACGAUGACCGUUGUGUACUUCGUGAUACUGUUUGUGCUCGACUUUAAGGUGUUAAAGUUGAUCGUACAGAAGGUACGCGAGUGGUACCAUCGCAAGCACUACAAAACGAACACGGGAUCCGGUUCGGCGGAGAUCGAUUCGGACGUGCAGAGGGAGAAUGAACGUAUCGCUGCCAUGUCGGUUGAUGAACGAUCGCGCACCAACCUAGUAGCGCACGAGAUGACAAAGUACUACAAUCGAUUCCUUGCCGUAAAUAAGCUCAGUGUGGGCAUCAACAGCUCCGAAUGCUUCGGACUCCUCGGUGCGAACGGUGCCGGCAAAACGACCACCUUCAAGAUGCUGUCCGGCGACGAAACGAUCUCGUUCGGCGAUGCCUGGAUCAAGGGUCACAGCUUGAAGAGUGAGCUGAAGAAGGUUCACCAGCACAUCGGCUACUGUCCACAGUUUGACGCACUGAUCGAGGACCUUACCGGGCGGGAAACGUUGAAGCUGUUCUCACUGUUGCGUGGCGUCCCGCGGUUUAACAUCCCGUUCGUCAGCAUGUAUCUCGCGCGUGAAUUCGGCUUCGAGAAGCAUCUGGACAAACAGGUCAAGGCGUACAGUGGGGGCAACAAGCGUAAGCUAAGUACCGCCCUUGCGAUGCUCGGUAACCCGUCGGUGGUGUAUCUGGAUGAACCAACGUCCGGGAUGGAUCCGGGUGCGAAGCGUAACCUUUGGAACGGUGUCUGUAGGGUGCGUGACAGUGGUAAAACGAUCGUACUUACCUCGCACAGUAUGGAGGAGUGUGAGGCACUCUGCACCCGGCUAGCCAUCAUGGUAAAUGGGGAGUUCAAGUGUAUCGGGUCAACGCAACACUUGAAGAACAAGUUCUCGCAGGGCUUUGUGUUGACGAUCAAGGCGAAACGGGUGGAUUGUGGGGGUAAGGGGAAGGAAAGCGAUACGCUCGAUCUGCAGAACAUUAAGGAUCACAUCGUCACACAGUUCCCGGAUUCACAUCUCAAGGAGGAAUACCAGGACCUGUUGACGUACUACAUCCGCUCGAAUAGCAUGAAAUGGUCGCAGAUAUUCGGUGUUAUGGAGCAAGCGAAACAGCAACUGAACAUCGAAGAUUAUUCGAUCGGACAGACGAGUCUGGAGCAGGUGUUCUUAGCUUUUACCAAGUACCAAAGAGAGUAGUAGUA